AUGCAGUUAAUAACGAUUGAUGGUGAUGCAGAUCUCAAAAUACAUAACAUUUCAAUUUUACCAUCUGAUCAAUGUGCUAAAGAUGAUCAAUUGGCAUCUGAAUGUUGUUGUGGUGAUGGUCGAUUUUAUCACUAUCCCACAAAAAGUUGCAAAUUAUCACAAAAUGUUGGCUUUAUGUUCAGUCGAUUGAAUGAUUCUUGGUCUCAUAUGAUUGUUUACGGAUUUGUUUAUCCGUUAAUUGUUAUCAUAAUGAUUGCUCCAUUAUGUGCGAUACUUCUUGGUAUGGGUAAACGUGAAAAACGUGAAGGCGAUCGACGUUUUCCUAAUCCAUUAUAUCAAAUGAUAUGGUUAUUAUCAUUUUGUGGAUGGAUUAGCUUACUUUCACCAUUACCUUUCUCCAUAUGGUACUACAUUAUUGGUGAUGGUAUCAGGAGCUUUAAUCAAUCAAUUGUCAUGUGUCACAUGUUUCAAACAACAAUGGAAGUUUUACCUCACACGAUCGACACAAUGAUGACAUUAUUUAGCAUACUUCUCGCUGGUGGAAGAUUUUUAACGCAAUACCAUCGGAAUACAAUAAAAUUACGAACAGUGGAACGUUUUUCACGUGCCAUUUGGACAGUCAUUUUCAUUUGCGCAUCUAUGGGUAUUCUUAGAUUUUUUGAACAUGGCGCUGAUAUUUAUCAAUUCUGUUUAGAUACAGAGCCUGGACCAUAUUUGGCUAGUCGAUGUAUGGUUACCGAUGGUGCCUUAAUUACCAUAAUUAAUCGUCGUUUUUGGAAGAUUGCAUUACCAUUAGCUGAUUUUCUUAUUCAAUUUAUAUUUCCUGGCUUUUUGCUUAUUGUACUUCAUAUUAGUUUUAUCCGUGAACCUAUUAUCGAUUUUGAUAAUAAACAUAAUCGGUUUGGACGUACACCUCGAGAUCAAUCACGAAUUUUGAUUACUGCAGUUACAAUUACCUUUCUUACUGUGCAAAUUCCAACAGCAUUUUUCACAAUAAUUACAUUUACAAUCAAUCAGUUUAACUCAAAUCUUAUUUUAUCACAUAUAUCACUUUUAUUUGCUCAUCUUCAACCACUUCUUUCAAUGAUUACAAUUAUGGCAAAUAAUAGUGCAUUGCUUACUGCAUAUUAUGUUAUUGUUAAAGAUGAUGAUAUUGACGUUGGUGAUUCAUGUACGUCAAUUUCAAGCGAAAAUGAUACACUUCUUAAUGAACAACCAACUCUAUCAAGAUGUUAUUUAAGCGUUAGUUUCGAUAAUUCUUUACUGCCUCACUCACGAAAUGUUAGUCUUAAUGCGCAUGGAUCAGAAGUAUCAAAUCUUUUACCUGUACAUGGAAUACAAUAA